AUGUGGAAGCACGUUAACCCGAACAGGCAGGCAAAGAAAGGGUUAAAUGAAAGGCUCCUUCCUACGGAAGAGGGAUCUGGUUGGCUGGCAGGUGAACAUGAGGCUCACAGGCAAAACACAUUGGACAGCCAGGUGCCAAAGGAGGGGAAGGUGAGCGAGACUGGGCCUGCUCCUUCUACUGCUCCUGGAAAACAAGAGGAGCCAUGCAGCGCUCCUAUACUCCCAGUGUCGGCCCUCAAAGGCAAAACCAGCUUAAAAGGUCUCAGUGAAGUAGCCAACCAGUCCCAAUCCUCAAAAUCCACCUGCAGUCCCACCUACACCAACCUAGGCCUGUUUAGGGCCAACAUGACUCCAUUAAAGCAACCCAGAAACUACAAGGCCACAGAUAACACGUUGCAUCCUGGAGAUACUGAAUCCAAAGCAGCACCGCCUCUCCUGCCCAAAAAGACGGCUGCUACAGCCCAUACGAAUUCGUCGGUGCUGGAGAAGGGCUUGUCAGUUGUGCAACCAAAAGGUGAGGUGAAGCCCAGUGGUCCCAAUCUGACCAUAGUUAACCCUAUGUAUGAUCUGGAUUCCACCUGGGAGACAGCCAGCCAGAGCUCCUUCCUCAGCUCUGAGUCCCACCCUCCAGAGCAUGAGUCCCAAGAUGUUUUAGAGGUCCCAAGCAUGUUGACGGGAAGGCCAGCAAACAGCCUGUCCUGCCUUCUGUCAACCACAGCGCCAUCUAUCAGAGUAGACUACAGGGGCACCCGCAGCACAGAGUCCUUGGUGACCUCCGGCAAGGUCGCAGCCAGGGACUGUACGUCCAAGCUCCAGAGACUGCCACUUUAUCGAGGUAUGGACAGCUGGAAGGAGAUGGGCAACCGGAUACGGGGACUGCACAGGGACAUGCUGGGUAAACUUUCCGGGAAGUGCCAGGAACGCUUCGCUGAACUGCACAAGGACCAACGGCAAUUUGGCAUAGACGACUGGUCGGAUUUCCGGCUCACCAGUGGCAAGCCCUGCUGCGAGGCCGGAGAUGCAGUCUACUACUCUGCUUCCUAUGCCAAGAAUCCACAAGUUCUCUAUGCUAUCAAGGUGUGCAGGGGUAAAGUGAAACAGACCCAGUGGCAAUUGCUACAUGAUAUUACAGUCAGGCAAAGCAUGGGUCAGCACUUCAAUAUCCAGCAGGACUGCGGUAACUUCAUCGCCACGUUGCCUGCUGGCUUGCUUUUCUGGGAGAACGAGGCUCAGAAGAAAGCUGCAGGCAAGAAGGGAAUGGAGCCCAGUCAAACAGGAGCACACAAUCGAGCGGCAGGUCAGCCAAGGUCAAACGAACAAACUGAAUUACAACCAAACAAGUCAGAUGAUGAAGACACACCGAGUGGCCUGUGCAACAGAGUAGUGGUCAUCACCCAGGAGGUUCCCUUCCAGACAGUGGCAGACUUUGUACGUGAGGGGGUGACCCGGCACGUGCAAAACCCGGAUGUAUAUGAGCGCCAGGUCUGUCUGCUCCUGCUACAACUGUGUCAAGGUCUGGAGCACCUGAAGCUUCAGCAUGUUACCCACUGCAACCUGAGGCUGGAGAACCUCCUGCUGGUGCCUUGCCAACUGGGAAGUCCCAGUAACUGGGAUGCAAUGAAUUCCAGCGCUCAGACUGCCAGCUCCGCUUGCCCUGCCCGGCUCCUCAUUAGCAACUUUGGUCAGGCCAAGCUGAAGAGCCAGCUCAUGGAACUCGAGGCAGCCAAGGAUCGGUCCCGCAUCGCCCCGGAGAUAGUCGCUGCCACCCAGUACAAGAAAUGUGAUGAGUUCCAGAUUGGCAUCCUGAUCUAUGAGAUGCUACACCUACACAACCCAUUUGAGGAGUUUCCUGAGCUCAGAGACAAGGAGUACACGGCCGCUGCUCUGCCCCCACUGCCAGCCCGCUCCCUGUACUCACCAGGCCUGCAGACUUUAGCUCACUUGCUGCUCCGUGCCAACCCAUCAGAUCGCCUAGAAAUGAUGGAGGCCCGCGUUUGCCUGCAGUGUCUGCUAUGGGGCCCGCGGGAGGACCUCUUCCAGGCACUGUCCACCAGCUCCAGCCCCAUAGGUAUGGAAGCUGUCCUGCAGAACUGGCUGGAUCUGAAACAGACACUAAUGAUGAUUAAGUUUGCGGAGCGCUCCUUGGACACCAGUGGUGGCGUGAGCCUGGAGGACUGGCUGUGCUGCCAGUAUCUGGCCUUCUCCAGCAUCGACUCCCUGAGCUACGUGGUCAGGCUCCUCCACAACCCACAGCAGAAAACGCACCUGUGAUUUCACCAUCCGUGUCUCCUUUCAGUUUUAGAAUUUGGAAACCGCACUCCAAAAUGUGAUUAGCAUUCAAAUCGUAUCAGCAGAGCUUCUCCCCCUUUCUUGUGAUCUUCAUGAGUCUCUCUGAUUUUCUAUUGUGCUCUUUUGUUUUUAAUGCCAGAUUUGAUUCUUCAGACGUGAGGUGAUACACAUAUUCUACAAAUCCUCUUCUGUUAAACACCUUUAAAGUCAGUCUUUGUGCUAGAGGACGUCUCUAUGUGUCUGCUGCUCAGCAUGUCAGUGUUAAAUUGUAUUUAUCCAGAUUUAAGAUGUCAAAGAAACAGUCAUCAUUUCAAGGUAUAUAUAGUAUAUAUAUAUUUGAGUACGCUACAAGUGAUUUGUAUUUUUUUUUAAUUCUGCCUUUCUUUUGUUCGCAGCCUUCAGUACUGUCAUGAACACAAUAAUCAGCAUUUUUUGGCCCAAGUUUCUAGUUCACAACUUCGUCACAACAAAGAAACAAGUGUUUGCGCAUUUUCUAACAUUUCUGCAUUUCUUUCUGAGUUAAUGGGGACUUCUGCCUGAGUGAAACUGCUGUGGUAAUGCAGUCUCUCCCCCAGGGUAUGCUCCACUGUGCACCCAAGCUCUGGAAACUCCUAAGCCCUUCCUCACUGUACAUGUCCAACCAUCAUUUCAGAGCCAGGAAUAAAAAUAGUUCCACUUAGAUGAGUUUGACCAGCAUUACUUUUAAAACUAUUCCACUUGUAUCUUUUGUUUGCAAUAUGUUAGACAUACAUCACACCAGGGUACUAGAAAAAGAUGCAGUGCCGUACAUUUGGAUGGCUCACACGUGCUAUAAAACUCUUUGUAUGUAUAUAUUGACGCGUCAUAGUGCAGCACCAUGUUAUUCCAUGCCAUUUUACAGGGCUGUUGCAGAUCAGUUUUCCACCAUUAAAGGAUUGUUCGCUUGAUCCUGGAAGGAUCACCCACUGAGAGAAGCAUCCAGUGCAGUCUUUAGAAUUGGUCUACUAUAGCUGAGCAAAUUGAGUCUCUCCAUUCUUCUUCAGCAUCCUCAGAUCAACCAGAGAUCUUUAGCUAAUGCUUUCAUUGUCAGCUUUCAGAGCUGUGGCAUAAUGACAGUCCUAAUGGAGCAGAUGCUGUGUCAUCACCUUCCAUUGUUUCACUCCAUCCACCUCAUCGUCCAUUGGCAACGAAAUUCUGGGAUGGAAACUUUCUAGUGCAGGACAGCAAUGCUCACCUUCUGGGGUGGAAUCAGUGCAGAUAGCAAUGGGAUGAACUAUAGAACUCAAACUGCCUCCCUGUGAUCCUGUCUGACUAACAGAGUGGGCAACUGACCACUUGGGCAUGUCUCCAUGUAGCACCCUGUCUAUGAAUGACUGAGAAAUGAAAUAUGUUAUGAAAACAAUCAGUUUUACGGAUUCCUGAAAAUUCCACUAAUGCUGAACCACAAGGAAGACAUUAUAAUAAAGAUUCUUGGUAAACAGUCUAAAUGUUUUGUGUUAUAGUUGAGAGGAGUGCAUGACUCAUCAGCCCUCAGAAUGCCCUUGGCUCUAAUGUUUACCUUGUUCCGCUAAUGUUACCAUUUUAUUCAUAUAAAACGCAGUCAAGUUAACACAUUAUAACAAGCAAACUUGCAGGAACAUCAGAAGCAGAAGGUGCAGCCUGACACAGCACGGCGCUGAAGCUCACUGUGCAUAAGAAGGAUUGCUUGUGUAAACACCCUUCACCACAUCUUUUGGUACAAGUGCCAGCUCUAUUAUAUGCAGUUACUGCCUCCCUUACAUUUUAUAGGAUAUUCUCAAAGAUAUCCAUCUUCUUAUGGGGGUGAUGGUAAGAGACACUGUCUUGCAGAUGAAGGACUCAGGUCUGAAUUCCAUCUCCUGUUGUUGUCCCAGUGAUCAAGGUACUUACACUGAAUUGAGACAGUAAAAAGCUGCAAAGAUGGGUAAAUCAUUAUAAAUAUA